AUGACACUGACAUUGAAACAUAAGCCUACUCAAGGCUUCUCCAGUCAGCAGGGAAUCUACUUGUACCAGAGGUCAAACUUGAAUGCCAUGAGUGGGAAAGGGACAAGUGAUGCUAAUGUGGGAACUGGACAUAGCACCAUAGCAACCACGACCGAACCAGAAGAUGGAUUUCACUUUGUUAGUACAACACUCAAUAUCAACAUCAACAACCAUCACCCACUGUUGGAAGAAGUCAUUCAUGAAUCUCUGCUGAAGAAGAAUUUUCUUGGACAGGAACGUAUCUUUAACACAGGAAUGACACUUGGGACUACUGUGCCAACUUCUCGAUCCCAGAAUCCUCAGCAUCCUCUGGUAAAUCAGAUGGCCUCUGAUGAUACUCCUGAUUUUUCUGACAUCACCACGACAACCACCGUGGCCUCAACUUCACCAAUGACAAUGCUGGGUAACAACUCUGCUCUGGUAACAGGUCCUGCCCCCUUGACCGACAAGAUUGUUGACAUCAUUGUAGGGAAAACUCCAGCCAUGGCGCCGACAACUGCCACCACAGACUCUCUAACCACAGCCAAGGUUAAGACGGCUGCAAAUGAGAUGGAGGAAACUGCAUCUCAAAAAAGUAACACUCCAUUCAUUCGAACCGAGCCUGCCAGCUUCUCUGUUACAACAGUAUCCCCUCAGAGCAAGAUGAAUACUUCUCAGCACGUCGACGGCCAAGGGGGAGCUACUAUGGUAACCAAUGACACUCCAACAGCCAUGGCUGUAACAACUCCAGGAACACAUCAAGUGCAAGGGCCCAGCACCCAGCAAACUGAUAGUCCUUCACCAGACACGACUGUCACAUCACCUGCAAACGAGGCUGAAGAGGAAACCACGAUGACAACCAUCAUCACAACAACCAUUAUUACAACUGUGCAGACACCAGUUCCUUGCAGUUUAAAUUUCACCGACUUUGAGGGUUAUGUGGAAUCUCCAGAAUACCCAAGUCAUCUGUUCUAUAGCAGCUUGGAUUGCAUCUAUACCAUUAGAGUCUACACCGGAUAUGGAGUGGAACUUAAGGUGAAAAACAUCAGUUUGUCUGAAGGAGAGAUGCUGACAAUUGAAGGACUUGAUGGAGAUGAACCAACUGUUCUUGCCAAUGAGUCAAUUUUAAUGAAGGGGCAGGUGAUUCGUAGCCCAAGCAAUCAACUUUCUAUCCAUUUCCAAAGCAUUCAACUUCGAAAGCCAGGCUCAUUCCAAUUCCAUUAUCAAGCUUACCUGCUGAGCUGUGGAUUUCCCCAGAAACCUUCUUCCGGUGACGUGUCCGUCACCAGCCUCCAUCCUGGCGGAGUGGCACACUUCUACUGCAAUUCUGGAUACCGCCUGCAAGGCGUAGCUUCCCUCACCUGCGUUAAUGGCAGCAAGCCUCACUGGAGUGACGCGGAGCCCCAGUGCCUCGCUACCUGCGGUGGAUUGAUUAGAAACGCAACUGUGGGCCGCAUCAUCUCGCCCAACUUUCCGGGUAACUACAGCAACAAUUUAACGUGUUACUGGCUUAUCGAGGCUCCUGAAGGACAGAAGCUCCACCUACACUUUGAGAAGGUUGCAUUGGCUGAAGACGAUGACAGACUUAUUAUUAGGAAUGGGAACAAUAUUGAUGCUCCAACGGUUUAUGAUUCCUAUGAAGUGGAAUAUCUGCCAAUUGAAGGUAUUGUCAGUGAAUCUGAACACUUCUUCAUUGAACUGACUACAGACAGCUCUGGUACAUCUACUGGACUGGCUUUAAGAUAUGAAGCCUUUGAACAGGGACAUUGUUAUGAACCCUUCAUUAAGUACGGAAACUUCACAACGGGUGAUGCAACGUACCAGGUCGGAACCGUGGCUGAGUUUACCUGUGAUCCUGGAUAUACCCUGGAGCAGGGGUCAGUGAUCAUUGAGUGCGUGGAUAUCCGGGACCCACAGUGGAAUGAGACUGAGCCAGCCUGCAGAGCGGUCUGCAGUGGGGAGAUUACAGACUCCUCCGGAGUUGUGCUAUCUCCCAAUUGGCCAGAAGCUUACGACAAGGGUCAGGACUGCAUCUGGGGGAUCCACGUGGAGGAAGACAAGCGGAUCAUGCUGAACCUCCAAGUGUUAAAUAUGGGAAAGAACGAUGUUCUCACAUUUUAUGACGGGGAUGACCUAACAGCAAGAAUAAUGGGUCAGUACUUGGGGACCCACCAUCCCUUCAAACUCUACACAACCAUGGCAGACGUUACCAUCCAGUUCCAAUCUGAUCCAGCAAGCAAUGUGUUUGGAUAUCAACAGGGAUUUGUCAUUCACUUUGAAGAGGUUUCCAGAAACGAUACCUGCCCAGAAGUGCCAGAAAUUCUUAACGGCUGGAAAACGACUUCCCAUCCUGAAUUAAUCCACGGGACCGUGGUGACAUACCAGUGCUACCCAGGGUUUGAACUCAUCGGGGCAGACAUCCUCAUGUGCCAGUGGGAUUUGUCGUGGAGCGGGGAUCCUCCGAGAUGUGAGAAGAUUAUAUUCUGCACCGACCCCAGUGUCAUUGAUCAUAGUCGCAGGAUUGUUUCCGAUCCGAAGUUUUCCAUCGGUUCCACGGUCCAAUACAUUUGUAACAAAGGGUACGCGCUGGCCGGGAGCGGCAUACUGACGUGCUACAACAGGCGGUCUGCGAACCCAAAGUGGAGUGACAGGGUGCCAAAGUGUAUCCCUGAGGUAUUUGAGCCUUGUCACAAUCCUGGCGAGCCAGACAAUGGUUACCAGACCUCGAGGAAGAGGGUGUACCAAGCGGGCGAGAUCUUGAGGUUUGCCUGUUAUGAUGGGUAUGAGCUCGUAGGGGAAGCUAACAUCAAAUGCCUUCCUGGACACCCCUCAGGGUGGAGCCACCCACCGCCUUUCUGCAAAGUUGCUUAUGAUGAGUACUUCAAUGAACGAAGACUUGAAGUGUCCAAGGCAGCGGCAUCUGUGAACCAGAUGGAAGCGAGUAAUAUUGCCAUUGCUGUGUUUAUCCCCAUGAUAGUUGUGGCUCUGAUCACUUGUGGGAUCUACUUCUACUUCACAAAGUUCCAGGGAAAGUCCACCUUCAGGCUGCCGCUGGCUGGCCCUCAUCCCUACAACCACAUCACUGUGGAAUCAGCCUUUGACAAUCCUAUCUAUGAGACUGGAGUAAGUAACGAGCCCCUCCAGCUGAGGGACCUGGACCGUGAAAGUGCGCCUGCCCUAACCUGA